CACAACACCACUCAAGACAAACACCACCAAAUCCACCACUACAUGCCCCAUUAUCCAAUCCCACCACUCCCCUCUUCUCUCUCUCUCUCUACAAUUACCCUUUUCUCUCUCUAAAUUUCACCUCCUCCUGUGUAUAAAAGGGAUUCAUUUGAGCUCUUUAGGCCUCUGUUUCAUUAAAAAUUAGAGCUUUUUUUCUGAGGAGUUGCAAGUUGUGAGCUUUCUCAUCAAUGGGUGGUUCAGGAAAAUGGGUAAAAGCAUUGAUAGGUCUCAAGAAGCCAGAGAAAGACGACCAAGAAAAGGGUCGAAGUAAGGGCAAGAAAUGGAAGCUAUGGAGGAAUUCAUCAGGGGAUCUUGGGUCCUCAUGGAAGGGUUUCAGAGGGAACCAUCACAGAGGUACUGCAUCAGAGGGGUCUGAUUGUUCAUCAGUGAUGACUAAUGAUGCUUUUACAGCUGCUGUAGCUACUGUGGUCCGAGCUCACCCUAAAGAUUUCAGGGUUGUGAGACAAGAAUGGGCCGCAAUCCGGAUCCAAACUGCUUUCCGUGGCUUCUUGGCAAGAAGAGCUUUAAGGGCCUUGAAAGGAGUGGUGAGGCUUCAAGCUUUGGUUCGGGGUCGGCAGGUGAGGAAACAGGCUGCUGUGACUCUGAGAUGCAUGCAGGCUCUUGUUCGAGUGCAAGCCCGGGUUAGAGCUCGUCGUGUUCGUAUGUCUAUGGAGGGUCAGAUUGUACAGAAGAUGCUAGAUGAACGGCGCAGCAUGGCUGAUCUCUUGAAACAAGCUGAGGAAGGGUGGUGUGAUAGUCAAGGUACACUAGAAGAGAUUACAGCAAAGCUACAAAUGAGGCAAGAAGGGGCUUUCAAGAGAGAAAGAGCACUUGCAUAUUCUCUUGCUCAAAAGCAAUGGAAAUCAAUCCAGAGUUCUGAUUCCCAAACAAAUAUCCCAAUGUCCUAUCUCAAAAGUCAAGAGUUUGACAAGAAUAGCUGGGGUUGGAAUUGGUUAGAACGUUGGAUGGCGGCGAAGCCAUGGGAAAAUAGAUUGAUGGAGAAAGUCCACACCAAUCCCUCAGAGACGACUCCACCUUCUAAAAAUUGUGUAGAUUCCUUAUCAGGUAACCGUUCAAAAUCAUCUGAACCAUGCUCGGUGAAAGUCAGAAGGAACAAUGUUAGCACAAGGAUUUCAGCAAAACCUCCUCCAAUUGGGCAAGUCACUCGGUCAUCUUCAAGCCCAAGCUCUGAAUUUCAAUAUGAUGAGAGCUCAGCUUCGUCUUCAAUUUGCACAUCUACUACGCCUGGUUCUGGAAACACUGUCAUGGCUUCGGAUAGAACAGAGGAGAGCAAUAAUAACAGUAUGCCAAGCUAUAUGAGCCUCACUGAAUCAACCAAGGCUAAACAAAGAAAUUUAUCUCACCGAAUUCAAAGGCAGUCCAUGGAUGAGUUUCAGUUUCUUAAGAAGUCAGCGGCGUUUUGUAAUGGGGACUCAAAAAGCAGUAUUGGCUCUGAUCCUUAUGUUAACAUGUCCAGGCCACUCUGCCUGCCCACCAGAAUGGAAAAAAAUCCGAUGAAGUCAGGAGAGAGAGGAUUGCUUUUAUGACUAAAGUGAGUUGCAAAGUUCAACAGCUUGUUGUUCUGUUCUAGUUUAGUAAGUAUAUUACUUCAGAGCUGCUGUACUAUGAGCUGAUCAGUAUUGAAAAACUUGUAUGAUGUGCUUGAGAUUCAAUUUAGGGGUUUAUUAUGUACAAUAGUAAGUUUGGUUGUGGAA